AUGUAACAGCACUGCUGGUGCACAGAGCUUUGCCUUCCGUUAUGGGAGGAUGUAGAAUGCCUUUAAUGGCACUGUUAAGGGUUUGUUUUUGUACCACAAGUGCCCUGAAUUAAAAGUCCAGAAGUCUACCUGCAUUUCAUGCUUUCCUGUAUGUGAAUUUGUAAUCUGUUCAUUUAUUUUAAAUGCAUGCAAGUUUAUCUUCCUUCUUGGCAACAGUUCAGCUUUCCCUGGUGUUUUGCUGUAGUCAGCUGAGAAGACAGACAUUGAGAUCACUUUCCAGUUGUUUCUGGUUGUCUCUGGUAUUCAUCAGCCUCCUUUUGCUAUGUUGCUAUGAGGAAAGGAGUCAGCAAUGACUGAUGUGGAACCUGUGGUCACAGAUUUUGCAGCAUCAGGAAGGGCAGGCCGCCGAAACGCCUUACCAGAUAUCCUGGGCUCUCCUGCUGGUGCUGGGACUUCAGACCUGCCACAUAAACUGGCUGAGCUCUCUGUUUCAGAAGAUGCAGGAGCAGAGGGUGGAGAAGUGUCAUCAUCCAAAGCCUUGCUGGAAAAUCAAGAGGCAGAAGGAAAACGCAAUGAUUCCUAACACCUAAGGACUUCUGGGUUAAUGAAUCCUAUCGACAGACUUCCCAGUUUCCCUGUGUCACCCCGUCUGAAGUGUGGUAGCAACUUUAGCAGCACAGACAUGACUUUGCAACACACUUGUACCUAGAUAUUAUGUGGAUGGCAUACAGUUCUUCCUACUGUCAUCCUUAAAAAGCAAUGUUCUACAUAUCCAAACAGGAAGAGAACUAAAGAAUGUAUCUCUUGUUUUCAGUUUUCUCUCUUGUUUUGGUUGUAGUAUUUGUCCUAACUAAUCUUCUUUGACAGUUCCAAUUAAUAUACCUACCAGGAACUAAUCAUUGUUUCAAAACAAAAAUCUUGUUUCUUAAUUUCCCAAACCAGCUUCUUUCUGACACAGCGGUGUGUUCACUCCCCACAACAUGAUAUUAAGUGUAUAUUAGAUUACAGACACUAACUGUAAUUUAUCUCCUGAGAUUUUUGUUCUCAUUAGACAUAUGUAGAUGGGUGUGAGAAAAAAAAUAGUUACAUAAAAUAAAAUUUUCUCCUACUCCUGUCGCCAGAAGGUUUUAUAAACUACUUAAACAUGAGUGUUUGUUUUCAGACUCUCCUUACCUCUAUUUGAUUAUGGCAGAUCAUCUCAGUUCUCCCAUUCUUUGUCACUUCGGCCAUUAGUUUUCAUGCAGAGUGUUGUAGCUGUUCAUGUGUAUCUAAAGUAAAGUAGGUAUGUUUGUAUAUGAUGAAAAUUGUUUAAUCUCACUGUGGAAAUUAAAUAUCUGUCAUCUUUUCUGUCUUCA